AUGUCGCAGAACAUAGACUUAAGCGGAAGAUACACCGACACAGGAAACAUUCUGCAGUUAGAGUAUGCAAGAAAGGCAGCAGCAAAGGGACACACCACAAUAGGAAUAGCCUAUAAAGACGGAGUGAUUUUGGCUGUUGACAAGAAGGCACCGUCUAAGCUCGUGGAUAUUAAGAGGCUCAUGUACAUAGAGAGCAUCUCCGAUGCAUAUGCAAUGGCAUACACUGGGCUGGGCCACGAUGCUUUUGUGCUGAAGCACGAGCUGAAGAAGUACUGCACGCAGAUACUCUGCUCAAAAGAGAGAGAGCCCCUGGAAGAAGAAUUUCUGGAGUACGUGCGGGCUUUCCUGAUUCACUUCUCGUCGUACAUUGAGUGGAGACCUGCGGGGUGCGAGUUCCUGGUUUCAUCGCAAAGUUCGAAGGGCGUGAGUCUCUUCCACAUCGACCCCUCAGGCGCUGCCAACAGGUGCCGAGCAUACGCCGUUGGCCUCAAUGCGCAAGCAGCAAAGACGGAGUUGGAGAAAAUAGACGGCGAAAUAUCGACCCGAAACAGCGCGAUAGAAGCUGCCAUUCGAGUCCUGCAUCUGGCAAAGGACGAGCUUUCAGAAGGCUCUUUCGUCAUCGAGAUGGUGGAAGUCUCCCGGGAGGAGGGCAUUAAGAGAGUCCCGGAGGACGAGAUAAACAAGCUGUCGGAGGGAUUCCAGGAGCCGUCCGGAAACUAG